AUGGUAUUCCCUUGGGAACAUUACCAUGAGGGUGUAGACUCAGUCCCUUUCCUCGUUGACCUCACCAAUCCCAGCAAACCCCGAGUUCGUUCCAAGUGCUGCAAGCUUACAUCUCUUCUCGAGGAUGUGCUGUGUGAUGAGUGUGCUGACAUCUCUCAGCACAUCAAUCACCUCGCAGACACUGCACAAAACCCCAAGUCCCACACUAAUUACCGCUUUCUGGGCCUUGCGCACAUGCAAGACCUCGCCAAAUGCUAUGCCAAUCAAACGAGGCAGCUGAAGCUGCAGGGACUCAAUGAUUCACGGAAACAUAUGACCUCCCUCACCCAACUUGAUGAUUAUCAUCGUCUUCUCAUGGCUAUAUUGGAGAAAGACAUCCCCCGCCUUCACCAGGUUGUCAAUGUCGUGUUACGCAAUGGCGCCAGCAUCCGGGAGAUAGUUAACAAGCUUGAGGAUGCGUCAACAUUGGUUUUGCAUAUUGGUGGUCGUCAGCUCCUCUUCGCACUUAACCAAGGCCUCGGUCUCCCCUCCAUCCGCACUCUUCGCACCAGAUCCACCUUCACAACACUCACCCCCACCAUCGUGCCUAUCCGUGAUGAUAAACUUGACGCGAAUAUCCAUUCAGUGGUUCUAAGCUCUCGUACUGACAUCACAACCCUGCGUGGUGUAAGUCUAAUGGUUGAUGAAAUUGUGCUGGAAGAGAUGGUGGUUCACCUCAGCAAAUACAACAAGAUUGCCGGCCUUUGCUGGAAACAUUCACAUGUUGUUGACCCCGUCCUCCACACUUAUGACUCCGCCAUCACCAUCACACAGAAAAUCCAAGACGGUGAAGUUCAUCUUGGGAAGGAGCUUACCGUCAUAGGUGUCGCAUGCUUCAGAGAGGACGAACUCUACCCUAUCUUAGCAGCACCUACCUGCAAGACCGAAGACGCUAGUGACAUGGAGGGUUUGCUUGCUCGUGCAAUUGGGCGGUGGAAUGCUACAGGAGCAGCUUCAGCUGUUGGACCAGUGUGGUCCUUUGCGACCGACGGAGACGCUACCCGGCAUGCAGCAGGGCACCGACUUUUCUUGAAGAACCCUCUGUCCCAAUACUCAGAGCUAUAUGGUAUCCUUGGGAACAUGCCUGGCUUGAACACCAUGACAGGUGAUGCCGAGGUUACACUCGAUUUUGACUUCAAGCAUAUCUUCAAACAUGAGUGUUUCUGUACUCUGAUCCGUCCCCCUGCAGGAAUCAUCCUCAAUAACGGGCGCAUCAUUAAUUCAAUGAUGUUGGCGUGUUACCUCGUUUGGUUGCCUGUGUACAAUGAAACAAGUGUCAUCAAACUCCUCCACCCUGACGACCCGCAAGAUGUACCCCGCGAAAUUGAGCGUAUGCAGGCCAUAGUUGACUUCUCAAAGUCACAACACGCCCUUCUUACUGAUUCAUUCUCAUCCAAUGUCGAAACACGUGCGGACCUGAUGUCGAUCACACUUCUCAGUCACGUCAUCGAAUCCAUCCUGAUGCCGUUUAUUAACACCAAGCUCUUGCUAUCCGAACAAGUCCAUCAUCUCAGUUGCUAUUCCCACCUCACAUUCACCAUCUUCCGUGUUCAUCACCGUUCAUUUAUGCCAUUCCAGCUUUACUACAACACUCAGACAGCCAUCAAGAACAUCAUUUUGAACAUCGCGAAGCAGCAAGUUCUUGAUCGGAACACAUCAUUCUUCCUCGGUGAUUGCGGAGACGAUCAACUUGAACUCAUGUUUGGUCGGUCGCGCAUGAUUGGUGGACACAAUUCCGGGUGUAUGUAUUCCCAGGCCAUUGAUCGUCUUGGUGCAGCAAAGGACAUUGACAGUGUGUUCAAACGACACCCUGAACUUGAUCCUGGCCACCAGCGUCUCAGUCUUGGCAAGCACAUCAAAGACAUUGACCACAUUAAUCGGCGAAUGUGGAGGGGUGACAUCAUUUGUGGUCGCUGCGACCUUCCAUCAGCAUGGUGUCAAGGGUGUGAGAUUGCGCUUUCUAUUCUAGCUUCUUCCCAGAUCGAUCCCAUCAAUUAUUCAUUCGCUGAACUGUUCCGUGAUCCCGGAACAGACAUACUACGUCCUCUAGGUAUGAAUAAGUACUUCGGCAUCACAGAAGAUGAUCCCGAUGACUCUAGCCGUGUGCCUAUUCCACUGCCAGUGCCUGUGUCUAUACCCUCACAGGUCUUGGAGACUAUGAUGCCCGAUUCUGAGGCUGGUGUGCAUCGCAGCAAAACUUAA